GUAGCUACCGCAAAAGCUUGGCCGAAUAUUGACCAACUUUCUCUCGAUUAUCAAAAGUGGCUAAACCAGACGGGACAAGAUGAGGCAGCCGCUGAAUUACGUGUUCGUCAGAAGGACAUUGAGGGCGCUAUCAACCUGUACCUGCGUGCCAGAAUGCCCGGUAAAGCGGUGCGCCUUCUGCUCACAGAUUCACAGCUGUUAACGGCCAACCGGGACUUGACGGAACGAGUGGCGCAGAUCACUCCCACGAGGUUGGCCAUGAAGCUAGAGCCUCUUUUGAAUUUAGGUGCACUUCCUUGCCCGAGCGCAUUGCUAUCCUCUCUGUAA